AUGACAAGUACAGAAGCCAUCAACGCAGACAAGAGCGGCAACAUGGCUGGCCAAUGCUUUGUUGUUGUCAAAUAUGGCGACAACGAGGAAGCUGUGUUGAACCCGUGCUGUUCCACUCAGAUUUUUGUGGAUUCCAUCAAAAGAAAAUGCCACUGUGACAGCAGCAGUAUGCUGGAUUUAAUCGACCUGGAUGGACAGAUAAAAAACUUAUCUGUAUCGUCAGAGGAGUACGCUUCAGAUUACGUCACAGCCCGUGAGACAUACGUGGCUAUCAGAGUGGAAAGACAAGGAGAGAGUGGUCCAAACAAAUACAUCCCUCUACUGAACAAUCUGGAGCAGCUUCACCCUGAACUCAUGGUCAAACUGAACAACCUAUCCAGGCCUGGAACCAAGAACAGAAGGGAUCGUUUGAAGAAGACACAAAACCGCACAUCACGGACAAAUUCUAACAAACCCGAGAGCAAACCCCGACCAUCUAGCUCUGAGCGAACAUCCAAAUCUCGACAAGGGAAAUAA